CUUGCAUGUGGUGCGGUGGUUGGAGUUGCUAGCGGCGAUGGCGCUGAAGGACUGGCGUCGGCGGACGCUGCAGCGGUGUCUGAGUGAGGUGGACAAAGCCACGGACCGGCCAGAAUGCUUCCUCACGGUUCAAGAUGGAUUGGCAUCAAAUUUCACUUCUUUAACAAAAGUACUUUAUGACUUUAAUAAAAUAAUGGAGAAGGGUAGGAUCCGUGGAAGUCCUCUACAAAAGAUGGUGAUAGAUAACUUUGAUGAUGAGCAGAUUUGGCAACAACUGGAACUGCAGAAUGAGCCAGUUUUACAGUACCUCCAGAAUACAGUCAUUGACACCAUUGAAGAUGAAGACAUCAGUCUUCUCCCAGAGACUGAAGAGCAGGAGUGUGAAGAGGAUGAUUCCCCCCAGGAGAAGAAUGGCUCCGGGGUGGAGGAGGAUGGCUCGGAGAUGGAGGCUGAUGGUCAGGAGGACCUAAAGCAAGAUUUGGAGGAGGAAGACAUGGCAGACCUGAGUGAUGAUGACUCUGAAGCGGGUGAGAAAGCUGAACACCCAAGCAAAGUUGAUCUGAGAAGGAGCCCAGAUUUCAGUGAUGAGGAUUCUGAUCUUGAUUUUGAUAUCAGCAAAUUGGAAAAACAGAGCAAGGUGCAAAACAGAAUGCCUGGGAAAUCAAGAGAAAAGUCUAUAGUAGAUGAUAAAUUCUUCAAACUGUCGGAAAUGGAGAACUUUUUAGAAAAGAUAGAAAAAGAAGAGGAACAAAAGGAUGAGGAUGAGGAGGAGGAUGUUAAUUUUUUUGAAGAUCUUGAUUCUGAUGAAGAUGAGGGAGGAUUGUUUGGAAGUCAAAAUCUUAAGUCAGGUAAAAGUUCUAGAGAUCUGAAAUACAAAGAUUUCUUUGACCCAGUUGGAAGUGAUGAAGACAUAGCUGGGGUUCAUGAUGAGGAGCUGGUUUCAAAUAAAGAGGAAGAAAUUGCUGAAGAGGGAAAAGAAAGCUUUUCUGAAACGGAUGAAGAGAGUGACCUUGAAGAAAAUGAGGACAAUAAGCCACAUAAACAAAGCUUGAAAAGAGUGACCUUUGAUUUGCCUGACAAUGAAGAAAUUGAAGACACAGACACUUUAAAUGUAAAAAAGGAUUCUGAUGAAGUUAAAUCAUCCUUUGAAAUAAGACAAGAAAAGAUGAAUGCAAAAAUUGCAUCUUUAGAAAAAGAGUUGUUGGAACAAAAACCUUGGCAGCUUCAAGGGGAAAUAACAGCCCAAAAACGACCAGAGAACAGCCUCCUGGAGGAGACCCUGCACUUUGACCACGCCGUCCGCAUGGCACCUGUAAUCACAGAGGAAACCACUCUUCAGCUAGAAGAUAUCAUUAAGCAGAGGAUAAAAGAUCAGGCUUGGGAUGAUGUAGUUCGCAAAGAAAAACCUAAGGAAGAUGCGUAUGAAUAUAAAAAGCGUUUAACAUUAGACCAUGAAAAGAGUAAAUUGAGCCUUGCUGAAAUUUAUGAACAGGAAUACAUCAAGCUCCAUCAGGAAAAAACUGCAGAAGAAGAAAAUCCAGAACACAAAGAAAUUCAGAAAAUGAUGGAUUCCCUCUUCUUAAAAUUGGAUGCCCUUUCACACUUCCACUUCAUCCCUAAACCCCCUGUUCCGGAGAUUAAGGUCGUGUCAAAUCUGCCAGCCAUAACCAUGGAGGAAGUAGCCCCUGUGAGCGUUAGUGACGCAGCUCUCCUGGCCCCAGAGGAAGUCAAGGAGAAAAAUAAAGCUGGAGAUAUAAAAGCACCUGCUGAGAAAACAGCUACAGACAAGAAACGAGAACGGAGGAAAAAGAAGUAUCAAAAGCGCAUGAAAAUAAAGGAAAAGGAAAAGCGGAGAAAACUGCUUGAAAAGAGCAACCCAGAUCAAGAAGGGAAAUACAGCAAAGCAGUGGCUUCAGAGAAGCUAAAACAGCUGACCAAAACAGGCAAAGCUUCACUGCUCAAGGAUGAAGGUAAAGACAAAGCCCUAAAGUCAUCUCAAGCCUUCUUUUCUAAAUUACAAGAUCAAGUAAAAAUGCAAAUCAGUGAUGCAAAGAAAACGGAAAAGAAAAAGAAAAAGAAAGACAUUUCUGUUCAUAAAUUAAAGCUAUAAUGUAUUUCGAAUACAAUGUAAAUAUGAUGUGUAAACUUGUAUACUGUCAUUGUUUUAUAAUAAAACUUUUCAGAACU